AUGGCCCGCUCAACGACCCAAGACCAAGCGGUCAAGCUAGAUUCUGCAGUCCGUGAGCUCAUCACAACCUACGAUGAGCUGAACUCAAGUCUUGUUGAUGAGUUAUGGGAAGAGCCAAGUGCCCUAGAGUUCAUGCAAUAUGUUGCAAGGAACCGACCAUUCGUUGUAAGAAAAGGUGCCGAGGACUGGACGGCCGUUCAGAAAUGGGAUUCGCACUAUCUUCUCAAUGUCCUUGGUGACAGUCUCGUCAAUGUAGCCAUCACUCCUUUUGGGUAG